UAUCGACGUCACAGCAGCGCCCUCUGCAGCACGCGCUCACACCUGCACCGGAAGCAGUCUGACGUACUCAGAUGAUCAAAGAUGGCGGCGUUGGUUGCGCCUCGCCUGGCCAUGUUUGGCUGCUUUUCAACAAGACCCAUUUCAGUGUUUGCUGUUCAACAGAAGAGUCUGCACAGCAGCGCGAAAUCCGAGAACACUACCACGACUGUGGUUCCAGUCAGAGAGAAGAGCACGGCAGUGGCAGCAGCUAAACCAGCAUCUGUAGCCAGCAGCAAGGGGGAGUAUGUCAUCACCAAGCUGGACGACUUGGUUAACUGGGCACGCAGGAGCUCUCUGUGGCCAAUGACCUUUGGCUUGGCAUGCUGCGCCGUGGAGAUGAUGCACAUGGCAGCACCCCGUUACGACAUGGACCGCUUCGGAGUGGUAUUCAGAGCAAGUCCCCGACAGGCUGAUGUCAUGAUCGUGGCAGGGACGCUGACCAAUAAGAUGGCUCCGGCUCUGCGGAAGGUGUAUGACCAGAUGCCUGAGCCCAGAUACGUCAUUUCCAUGGGAAGCUGUGCUAAUGGAGGAGGCUACUACCACUACUCAUACGCUGUCGUCAGAGGUUGCGACCGAAUCGUACCAGUGGACAUUUAUGUUCCAGGUUGUCCCCCCACUGCAGAGGCUCUCCUCUACGGGACUUUACAGCUGCAGAAGAAAAUCAAGCGUGAGAAGAAGUUGAGGAUCUGGUAUCGGAAGUGAAUGUGUUCUAUGUGUGCAUCUAUCUGGUCUGUAAAUGUUGUAUUUCUGGUUUCAUUUGGAGCACUGCUCCUCCUCAUGUAGAGCUGCAGGCUCAAUAAAAUCAUUGUUGUAAUUUACACACAGUGCACUGCUGCUUAUUUUUUAAACGAACACAGCAGCGGUCACAGUUCAGUUUUUCUGCACUGUUGGCGCAGUUUUAAUAUCUACAGGCUCUUUCUGUAACAGAAGGAGAUUGUAAGCUUGAAACCCAAAAGGCAGGCGCUUGUCAGAAACCACAGUUUAAAUUAUAAUUCAUCUUUAUUCAAGUAGUGAUAUGCAUUAUUUGUCAUCUUCAAUAUCAAACUCUGACUCAGUUAUGACAGUAAGAUGAGAGUGUUAUCCUAUAAUAUUUUAAAUAAACUGGGCUCACAUGAAAAAUACAUUAUUUUAA